ACAAACACACAAACACACACGAAUCAAAUAAAACAAGAAACAAAGUAAGAGAAAUCAGACGACAGUCGGCAGGAGCAGGAGCAGUAGCAGCAGCAGUAGCAGUAGCAGCAGUUACAGAAGAAGAACAGAAGAAGGCAGCCUUACACUAAGGAGAUAAACACGACGAGGGCACCAAUAACAACAAAACAACAUCAUCAACACCACCAACAAAAAGCAGAAGAAGAAGAAGAAGGAUGAACUUUAGCGCUUUAGCUCGAAGUGUUAGUGAACGUUUUAAGUCUACUAGCAAAAAGAAACCCUCAAAGAGUAGUGAAAAGUCAUCCUAUGACAAAUCAUCAAAUUGCUCAUCCGUGGAUCAAUCUUGCUCCGACGAUAACGACGAGGAGGAAGUCCAAUCGGCUAAUUUGGCAACUGCAGCAGAAAAAUUGGUCCAUCGACGACAACCAUAUCAACAGAUUGUUGAACAAAUUCUCCAUCAGGUUAGUGAACUAGAGCAUACCCUUUAUGAGGAUCAGCAAGAGGAAUUCAAAUUGCGUCUAACGCUCGAACGUCAAACGGAACGCAUAAAUGAAUUGAAUUUCUCAUUGGAUACCGAAAAACAACGAAAUAAUCGUUUAGUUCAAUUGCUACGCAACGGCAACGAUAAUUGCUCCUUAUCGGAUGAGCAUGAAAUGGCUGAAGCUGGUCUAUUUGGUGUUGGUUCACCUGUUAAAUUAUGUGGUGAUCUCUACGAGUCCAUAAGUCCAUUGCUGAUGCAACAGCGUUAUGAUGAGUUGGCCGCUUCGCAUCGUCAAAGUCGCCGACAAUUGGCCAAGAAGGAAAGUGCGUUAAAGAAUCUUCAAUGUGAGAAUGAAGAACUUAAAGCAAAAUAUAAUGAACUAUUUGAUGAAUUUCGUAAGGGUCAGCGUCGUUUUGAAAUGGUCUGCGCCCGCUAUCUGCAAAUGACAAUAAGGAAAAAGCAACAGAUAAUGACUUUAAAGAAUACACUCACCUGUGCCUGUCAAUGUCUAUUUCAUGCCCAAGAGAUAAUCGAUAUCUAUGUACGACAUCAAAAACAAGUAACCAGCAAACAUUAUGCCGAACAUUUGCAGAAAUAUAGUCAAAAUUUCGAGUGCUUCUUGAUCGCAUUGCGACAUUGUUGUUCCGAACGAAAAUUGCGAGCCAUGCAGCUAGAGAAGCAACAACAAAAGCUAAAUCCACAGAAAUCGGCAUCCUCCAUAGCGAGCAGCGAUGCCACAUUGGUUUGCGCAAAUCCGAGGCCAAAGUCGCAUCGUUCGAAAACGAAAGUUCCAAACAAACCUCUAACCAAAAAAACCCAAUAAUUUCCCAUUUAUUUUCUUCAAUUUAUUUAUUUUUUAAGAAUUCUCUACUCUAAUUUAGUAUGAGGUUUAUGUUUCGCCCGAAAAGUAAUGGAAAAGAAUAAGAAAAAAUAAUUCAUUUA